UACACCAAAAAAAGUGUCGGAGCUUUUUCGUACAUAUUGUAAUUGUGGCAAAUUAAUAUUUAACAUCUUUGCCAAUUACUUGAAAAUGGGAAGCCAAAGUUACUUUAUGGUUUUGAUUAUAUGUCUUGUAGCAAUAAUUGGAUCAAGUGAUGCUCAACUGCAGUUGGGUUACUAUGGUAAAAGCUGCCCGAAAGCUGAAGAAAUAGUUUUGAAGUAUGUUCAUCAACAUAUUCCUAAUGCACCAUCACUAGCAGCUGCACUCAUAAGGCUACAUUUCCAUGAUUGCUUUGUUAGGGGGUGUGAUGCGUCGGUGCUCGUGAACACAACAAAAACCAAUCAAGCUGAAAAGGACGCUAUUCCGAAUCUUACACUUCGAGGAUUUGAUGUCAUUAACACUAUAAAGAGCAUUAUUGAAGCUGAAUGUGCUAAUAUUGUUUCUUGUGCCGAUAUAUUGGCUCUGACUGCUAGAGACUCUAUUCAUGCCACUGGUGGACCUUAUUGGAAUGUUCCAACAGGUCGAAGGGACGGAACCAUCUCUAAAUCAGCAGAUGUUUUUAUCAGCCUUCCUGCUCCUUUUAACAACCUCACCACUCUUCUAACGCUCUUUGGAAAUGUUGGACUUGAUGCUAAUGACUUGGUCUUGCUUUCUGGUGCUCAUACAAUCGGUGUUGCUCAUUGCUCAUCGGUUUCAAACAGACUAUACAAUUUUUCUGGCAAAGGUGAUCAAGAUCCAGAUAUAGACAGUAAAUAUGCUACAAGUUUGAAAACAUUUAAGUGCAAGAGUAUCAAUGAUCAAACCACAAUUCUUGAAAUGGACCCGGGAAGUCGCAAUACAUUCGAUCUUGGCUAUUUCAAACAAGUAGUUAAAAGAAGGGGUUUGUUUGAAUCAGAUGCUGCAUUGCUUAAAAGCUCUACAACAAGAUCAAUUGUUGCACAACAUCUUCAAUCAAAUGAAAAAUUCUUCACUGAAUUUGCUAAAUCUAUGGAGAAAAUGGGUCGGAUUAAUGUUAAGAUUGGGACUGAAGGUGAGAUCAGGAAACAUUGUGCAUUUGUAAAUUAAUAAUUGUGUAUCUUGUUUAUUUGCCAUUUGCUUUGAAAGUCUUGUUGUUUAUUUCAUGUCAAUGUUGUGAUGACUUGAUAUUGGAAGUACCUUAUGAGUUGGCUGUUUUUAUAAUAAUAUGGGAAUAAUUGGUUAAAUGAUUCCAAACAUUGAUGGGAAACAGUAUCAUUAUUUUUUUCA